ACUACUCUUAUCACCUCCUUUUAUUACUAGCUCGGCCGUGUCAUACCUCAUUGUGAGGUAAACGCGUUUACCGAGCAGUCGUGUGACAUUUUAUUAUUACAGACUGUACAUUUUUGUUGGAAAGUCGACUCUAUUACAACCAGUUAAGAUCUCACAGUGUUUGCUUGGCGUGCCGCCGUUUGUACAUAGAAUGAGGACUAUUUGUUUGUUAGUGUGUGUUUUUGCGUGCGCCCACGCAUGGGGAAGAGGAGAUUUGGAGAAGUUCGGACCGUUCCAGGUGGCGCUAAAGUCGGGACUUAUAAAAUGUGAUCACGAUAGAAGCUUGAAUCUCGAUGUCAGUGAGAUCAACGUGUAUUUAUACGAUUUCCCUAAAAAUCAUGUUGAGACAUUCCCAAUCGCCAACGCGGGGAAAGGCAUACUUGGUGUCCAAGGUUUGGACAAGACUAGAAAGUUCAUAAUAUUCGUAGCUGGCUACAAAUCUAACAUCAACAAAAGAACGGAGGAGCAAGUCAGGCAGACGUUUAGAAACUUCCCGAACAGCUACCUCAUCAUCCUGGACCAUUCCCCGUAUACAAAUGACAAGCAAGGGUACAUAAAGAGCUACGAGAGAUCUGUCAGAUACGUCCAUUACAUCGGCAAAGCGUUGGGCCAAAUGUUGGCCGAAUUGAGCCAAGGAGGUAUAUCGCCAAAGAACAUGCAUUGCGUAGGCCACAGCUUGGGGAGUCAGAUCUUAGGUCACGCUGGAGGCGAAUUCAUAAACAGAACUAGUCAGAAAAUUUCAAGGAUUACAGCUUUAGAUCCAGCUGGACCGUGUUUCUCCAACAGUCUCAUCCAGGAACAGAUCAGGUCUGGAGUUGCGGAAUAUGUUGAAGUGUACCAUUGUAAUGCUGGUGGUCUUGGCACGACCAGUGUUUUGGCUGACGUGGACUUCUUCGUAAACAAAAAGGGGUCUUCCCAACCGAACUGUAAGACCCCUCUGAUUCCUGGUAUCUUUGAUUCGUCUAAAGCAGCUAAAUGCAACCAUAGAGCGUGCAUUGACAUGUGGACAGCCACUGUCAGCCAUCCCGACUGGUUUUUGGCGUGGAAAUGCGACAAAUACAAAGACUUUAAGAAAGGCAACUGCUCGCAGAAUGAAACCACCAUUGCAGGCUUCUGGAAUCCUGGUAACGCGACCGGCGUAUUUUAUUUUUCUACAGAAGGCUAUGACUAUUAGAAAUACGCUUUUGAAGUAAGAAGUAUUUUUAUUCCUUUGUAAUUGUGAUAUUUUAUGAUAUUUUUACUAAUUAA